AUGGCUUCCCCCAAAAUCGUAGCGGUAUUCGGUGCUACAGGCAACCAAGGGGGCUCUGUUGCUCAAUCCCUCCUCGGAAACAAGGGCAGUUUCCAAGUUCGUGGUAUUACUCGCAAUCCUGAAUCAGGGAGAAGCAAAGCUUUGGUUGAUCUUGGUGCCGAGGUCGUUAAGGCUGAUGGUUUCAAUCCCGCUGAAAUGGUCGAGGCUUUUAGAGGGGCCUGGGGAGCGUUCGUGAAUAUUAACUCGGAUGAUAAGAUUUUCACCGAUCCAACGGCUCCCACCGAAUUUGAUCUGGGAAAAAUUAUUAUCGACAGUGCCGUUGAGGCUGGCGUCCAGCACAUCGUCUUCAGCUCCGGUCCUGCCUGCACGGAGUUGACCGGAGGCAGGGUCCAAAUGAAUGCCAUGAACAUGAAAAACAAAAUCGAAAAGUACAUUCGCUCAAUUGGAAAAUUUUCCACUGCUGCAUUUAUCUGCGCGGGGUGGUACUUGGAGAACUUCCUGGCCAAGGAAGUCGCGCCAAUUUUUGGCGGCUUCCCGCACUUCCCUAAUCCGGAAGGGCUCCUCACAUUUAGGGUUCCGAUGUGGGGAGGGAAGGAGGACGUGCCAUGGCUCAGCAUGACUGACGAUUACGGCGACAUAAUCCAGGGUCUAUUUUUGGAGCCCGAGAAGUGGAAUGGCCAUGUUGUCCAUGGAGUGAGCGACAUUCGAAGCUUCAGCGAGUUGGUUGGAGCAUUCCAGCAAGUGACCGGAAAGCAAUCUCGCUUUGAUCCCCUCCUGCCAUCCUGGGAGGCAUUCGAUACGCAUGGAAUUCAUGAGCUCCAAGAUGUGAAGUUGAUGUUUGCGUUCACGCAAAUAACUGGUGGACGAUAUUUUGGUGAGAAAGCAACUGAAUCUGAUACAGCGGCGCAGCUGAAGGCGGCCGGAGCUCGGGCCAGAGGCCAAGAUGGCCAGGAGAUCCAGCUUAUCACUGCUGAAGAAUGGUUCAAGCGGCGGUUUACCGCUCAAGGACCUUUUGCAUGA